AUGGACUGUCACAACCCCGAGGGUACAGGCAAAAUUGCCAAGGCACAGCCAUACGAGGCGAACCAGGUAGGCGCGGGGCGUCCUACUGGGUGGAAACAGAGACGCGUGUCUGCGGUGGUGACGCGUUCUCCUAACCCCGCUGUGCAAUAUGCACAACUAAAUGCCACCACUUCCAGCAAUGAUCCGUAUUUGAUCGUGCUUAGUGUUCGCGUUGACGGUGCCUUACGUCCACGUUGCGCAUUGCUGGACUCAGGCGCGACGGACAAUUUUGUCCGCGCCGACAGCUUAUUCGUUUUCCCGUCGCGGUUGGCUGUCCACGAGUCUUCAGGGAAGAUGAUCGCCAAGUAUGCGGACGGCAAGCCCCCGCGCGCACCCACAUCGUCCUGUUGUGUCUUCUUGCAGAUUCGAUGCUUUCGAGAGCAGUGA